UAUCGCCAUCAUUUCCACAGCAAGUCGGCAGCAAAUCGGGCUCAAGGUUGGAGCGUUGGAUCGAUCCGUGGUGGCCUUUGGAAACGGGCGGUGAUUCUGCGGGAGGUUUAGAGGAAAUCGAGUGACAUGGAAGCUGUGGCAGCCAGCUACGUCAAGGACACCGAGCUGCGGCUCGGUUUGCCGGGAUCCGAGGCGCCGGAGAAGCCGGCGAUGAGGGGCGGAAAACGAGCUCUGCCGGAAGAUGAUGAGGCUGCCUUCUGCAAGUCUUCACCGGAGGAUGCCUCCGGUCUCCGGAGUGUCGGUGCGGCCCCGGUGGCUAAGGCGCAAGUGGUUGGGUGGCCGCCUAUCCGGACGUACAGGAAGAACAACUUCCAGGCGAGGAAGGCUGAGACGGGGGCGGAUGCCUCCGGGUUGUUUGUGAAGGUGAGCAUGGAUGGGGCUCCUUACUUGAGAAAGAUUGAUCUCAAGCUUUACCAGGGGUACAAGGAGCUCAAGGAGGCAUUGGACAGCAUGUUCAAAUCCUUUUCACAAGGGGAAUCUUCACGAAAAGAAGGCUGCAAUGGAUCUGAAUAUGCCAUCACCUAUGAAGACAAAGAUGGCGACUUGAUGUUGGUUGGAGAUGUCCCCUGGGAAAUGUUUACUUCUUCUUGCAAACGACUGAGGAUCAUGAAAGCAUCUGAAGCAAGAGGUUUAGAAUCAAAACAAUAAGAAGUCAACAAGUUCUACAAGGAGAUACAACUAGAAUUUUGAGCGUUUACUUCAUGAAAAUAGAUGUUUUGUCCUUCUUCACGAACGGUGAACAAGCAAAAAAAAAGAAGUUUGGAAGUGAUUUUUGGAUCACCUUGUCAUUCCUCUUCAAACAAGAAGUUAAAAAUAUCAAAAGAAAAUUAGCAAGAUAUGCUAAAAGUUGUUCAAGCAUGCUUGUAUCCGAGAAUAUUAUGCAUCUUGUAUAUAAGAAGUUUGUCUACCUUUUUGAAUAGAGAAUAAUUAUAUUUUAUGUUC